AUGGGUGGAGGUGGCAUGAGUAGCUUAGGUCCCCUUAUGAUGAUGAUGAAAAAAAGUGCAAUGAAAGGCGGAGGUGGGGGCGGCAGUGGUGUGAUGGAACUCCUGGCUGCUGGACUAGUAGUAAAAAUGCUGCAAGGCCUGAAGAUUCCGAAAUUUAUGACAGAAGACAGUUCCAAGAUAGUUGCUGUGCCAGUUGUUCUGAAUCAGGGAGGAAUGAUGGGCUCUGGUGGAUGGCCUUCAUCAGGGAUGAUGAUGGGCGGAGGCUGGCCGUCUGGUGGUAUGAUGGGAGGUGGAUGGCCGUCUGGUGGAAUGAUGAUGGGCGGAGGUUGGCCAUCUGGUGGAAUGAUGGGAGGUGGUGGUUAUAAUUCUGGCGGAGGUAUGAUGGGAAAUAAUGGAGGUGGAAUGAUGGGAAAUGGUUGGAAGAAUAAUAACAUGGAUUGA